AUGGCCGAAGACGCCGCGCCGCCAGAACUCCCGCCCCGCGAGGCCGCCACCCCACCAGAACUCCCGCCCCGCGAGGCCGUCGAAAGCCUCUCCCUGGAAGAGGACGUCGCCGACCUCGACGCGGCCGCGGCCGACGAAGGCUACGAGGAGGAAGCCGCCGACGCCGCCGAGGAGCUGCAGGAGGCUCCUCUGACGGAGGAGGAGGAGGAGGAGGCCCGCGGCGUGGCCCAGCAUUUGCUGCUCAACGCGCCGCCGGGCGAAUUCACAGAGCUUCUCGACGAUGUCGCCUCAAUUACGCCGGAGCGGGCGCUCGAGGGCGGCUUCGUGAACGGCGUGGCGCGCGCGCGCAACGCCCAGAUCCUCGAGGCCGCGAUCACAGAAGACGGGGCGCGCGUCGUCUUGUGCCGCGAGGCGGAGGUGACGCCUACUUCUUAUAGAGAUGCAAACGGCAAGCUGUACGACGUCGACCAUGCUACCCUCGAAGCCAUACCGGUUGAGGACGUGUAUGACGAGGACGCUGUGCCCGAGUCACUGAAGAGCGCGAGAGACGACCUCCAGAAGGCAUUGGCCGUGUACGCCUCCACAAGAUACCUGGGCGAGGGCCACGCCGCCACAUUUGUGGUAGGAGACGCCCUGAAGUGCGUCGUGCGCGGCGCGCGGAAGAACCUUGGAAACUUCCACUCGGGAAGCUGGGCGUCGGCCUGGACCCUCACGCCGUCUUCCGAGGGCUACGACGUGCAGGGCAUGAUACAGGUACGAGCCCACUACUUCGAGGACGGCAACGUGCAGUUGUAUGCGACGAAAGAGGUCACGGCGUCGACGCGAGACGUCUCCCAGUUAAUCGAAGCCAGCGAGAACGAAUUGCACGCCGGCUUGGAAGCGAUGUACGGCGACAUGGCCGACGCGACCUUCAAAGCCUUACGUAGAGUGAUGCCCAUCACGAAGCUCAAGAUGAAGUGGUCCGUGGACGCCUUACGGCUCAAGGGCGGUUUAACCAAGGCGGCGGCGGAGGCGUACUAA